AUGUGUCCCCAAGGAAUUGACGUACAUUUUGAACUUGCUUCGACCAAUCGAAACAAAGCAAGAUAUGACCUUCGACCAAUCACAGGAAAGCAGUCGUGGCGGUCUAUUUGAAGCGUGAGUGAUUCAAACCGCAUCUCGGUUUACAACAAAAAAGAAGGUCGAAGGAUUGUAGGGUUCCUUCUGGGUUUUUGGCUCAGGAUUUCUACGGAUUUCCUCGAGGAUGGCAAAUGCCUAUUUUUAUCGGUAAGGAUUGUUGCUCUAUGCCAUGAAUAAUCAUUAUAUUCCCUGAUCUGAUCGCGAAAGUUGAAAUUAUUUGUCAUCCAUCAUGUCGCAAUUUCCGCGCCAUUUUUGAAAUUGAUGUAAGAACGCGAUGCAAAGCAUUUUUGUAAGAUCAAAAUGAAAACCAUUCCCAAGAUUUCAUAUAAUUGUUUCUAUGAUACACCUUUGUUUAUACGCUACCAAGUCUAGUUUGGUGAACCAGAUUUCUACCCUUGAUUUGUCUGUUGACUGCAGUGUUUACUCAUGUCUUCAGCCAUCCUUAGACAUUCGUCAGGUCGAUCGCGAUUUAAGUUACAGAUUUAACAAUUUAGCACUCGUUAGAAAUCUUCACGGACCGUUUAUAAUUAACUGCUCCUUUUUAGUGGAAAAUACAGCGAAUUUGUUACCAACGUUUACAAUCAUAAAUUAUACUAAAUUUGCAAAGUCUAAAUCUCCGAUCAAUUUGCUUGCGCGAUCGAUCGAUGCGGCCUCGUUUCGAAUGUUCUGUUGUAAGCGAGGUUUUGUUCAGAUUGCUUUAGGAUUUUAAACUCAUUUAAUUGCAUAUUUCUCUCACUUGGAAAUUCGGAAAUUAGAUUUUCACACUUUUCAUUUAGAUUCUCAUCGGAUGGUGAAAAUACAGAGUGUUAUUUUAGGUUUUGAAGUGAACAUCCGGGCUUUACGCGUGCUGUAACACGUGCAAAUUCUCUUUGAUUCGCUUUGCGUCUUCUGCCGCGUCUGGGCCUCUUUUGCUAAUACACGGAGGUUCGUCUUUCAACGCUAAAUAUUGACAAAUCACUUUUGUGAAGUACGGAAUAUGCCUAAAGGCCCCUCAUGCAGAAAUGUUGCUUCUUCUUAAGGCAGCAGAGUCGGUUGCAAGGUAAGUUAAAUCCGAAAAGAAACCUUUGCGUGUAUUAGACAUUUUUUUUAGCAGAGCGAAAAUUUCGAUGCCCCGAUCAGGGGUCAUUUUGUCUCUACUGAUUACGCGGCAGCUCUGAGGAGAAGGGGGGUUUAAAGUGCGUAACUAUGGUCAUGAAUGUGUUUCUUUUUUUGUUUAUAAUUUAGAGGUUAUAAUGUUCCCGUAGAGGAAGAACCAUCGUUGAGGGCUCAGCGGCGAAAGAAGAAAAUCAACAAGGGAAGAUGGACGAAACAGGAGGUUGGUUUGCGCAUUUAGCUCUUGCAAUCCUUUAUAUUUCACAACUGUUUCGGCAAAUAGGGUUUGAAUGAUCUUAAGGUAUCAUUUGAUCGUUUAAUUUAGUUGUAAUACUGCAGUGAUAUGACGAUUUGUCUCGCAUUUCGCUCAUUUUGUUGCAUAGCCCCGGUAGAUGUUUUCUAACGCAUAGCGCAAGAAUUGACCAACGUUAGGUUAAUUCAUUCAUAACAGUUUGUUUUGGCGACGAUUGUUUUUCUCGUGUUUCUCGUAUUUGGCUUCGUCAAGAAGUUAAUGCAGCAUUUACCGGUUUGUUAAGCGUUUUAGGUACGAUAAGUGUAAAGUUGAUGCGCUCUUAUCGCCGGACGGCCUAACAAAACGUACGCACUUUUAGGUAACCAAGCAUGCAUGUUGUGAAGUCCAUUUUAAAUCUCGAAUGUCCGUUGAAAAAGGUCGUAUUACUGCAUGAGAUAUGGCUCGUACUCGCAUUCUAUCUCUUUGCAGCCUUUAUCUGGGCGUUAUCAUCGCUUUUCUUUAAGUUUAACCAAGUGUUUGUCCCAAAAUUAUGCAGAAGAUCACUCGUUCUCGAAGGCAAUGGCAAAUCGGGGAAAAUGAAAGAUGUACACAAUUUGUAAUUAAGGCAAAUUUAUGUAUAUGAAACGGAAUAAAGCAAAUGCGUUCCGUGCCGACUGUGCCUCGAGGGUGUAACUAAUAAGUUUGUUGUACUUUUUUGGCAUGUAGAACUAGUGCAAGGCCUUCUGCUGAAUUUCCGUAAAAUCAAACAGCUCAGUGCAGUUUUUAUGAUGCAAUGAAGUACGAGUUAUAUACAUUUUUCUGGGUAGUCUGUUUUACACCUAAUUGAUAUCAAUUUGAAUAGUCCUGUCCGUCAUGCUUGUUGAUGGCGUCCAUGUUCGAUUGCGCAGUUAUAUGGAAGAUUUCAUAUUUCGUUGUAAAAGUCCUCGGUCUGCAUUCGUUGUCUUGGAGGAGAUAAUUUGCAAUUUUAAAAAAGUGUAAAGGUGUUACUGCAUGUCGUACGUUUUGUGUACACUAGGAUGGCACUUUGCAUAUGAGAGAUUAAACGAUAUUGAAUAUUUGAUUUCAAACCGAUUGAAUUUGUGUUGCUUUCUGUUUAGAACUUGUUAACACUGAAGCAUUGAUUUAAAGAUGAUUAUUUCAACUUUGCUUAAAGAUCGUGGAGAUUGAUUGCUUUAAAUACAUUGUAGACAUUUAACUUAGAAGUGCUAAUUAUUUCUGGGAGUUUUUCUUAUUAAAAUGCAUUUUUCUUUAAAAAAUAAGUGAUGAGUGUUUUCUCUUCAAAGUAACAGACUAGGUCAGCAAAGGCAUUUUGACACUAACAUUUCACCUCUCACAUGCUUACAAUUCUAUUUGUUUAUUUUCCUUCCAUUUGUACUGGUGCAAAAACAUUGUGUGCUUUGGUGUUUUGCAAAAUUUUUAUUCUAACCCAAGGUUUUUUUUGCUUCAUUUUUGCACAGGGGAAACAGUUGAGCCCUGAACAGUAGAAAUGGUUUCAUUUCUGCUUUUUCCCCAAUUUUUAAAUUUAUAAAUUAGUUUGUUUUGUAUCUUCUCAAAUUCAUGAAGGUUACAUCUUUGACAGGAAGCAGAACCUAUAUGUGCAAUUUAUGCUAGUCAGUUUGCAAUGUGGACUUUACAUGACCUCUUUGAAAUGCAACAGAGUGAGAUGUGCACCAAGUAAUAAAUAAAUAAAUAUGCAUCAUCAUUGGAUACACAAGGCACAGCUGACUGUCAAAAUUCCUUCAUAUUUGCAUCAUGCAAAUUUUGCAAUAUAGAUAGUACUGUCUUUGUUAUAUCAUUUCUGUUUCAACUUUUGGAGAGAUCAGUUUAUUGAUUUUCACUGGUGUUUAUACAUAAUCCAACAGAUGCAAAAUUUUAAUCAAGGAAAUCAUUAUGGAGGGAAUAUUGUCUCACUUUAAUACCAAACUCUUACAAAUAACCUGAAACUUCUACCUUUAGAUGUUACAGUAUGCUGAGGUAAAUACAAUAGAUAUAAUUACAAAUUUUAAAAUUGACCUAUUAGGAUGAAAAAUUAAAGGAACUUGUGGAUGAUCUUGGAACUGAUAGUUGGAAGGAGGUGGCAAAUAAUUUCCCUGAUCGCACAGAUGUCCAGUGCCUUCACAGGUGGCAGAAGGUACUAAACCCAGAGCUAGUGAAGGGUCCAUGGACUAAAGAGGUCAGUAUGCAAUUCAGAUUGUAGCUAAUCUUUGUUAUCACUGAGAUUAUGAGAUACAUUGUAUCUCAACAGAAAAGCGAAACAUUGGAACAUUUUACAUUUUAACUUGUUUAUAGUACUCACAAAUAGUUGAGGAUAGUUUCAACUUUCACAUGCAUUUGACUGACUGUUUGAAAAGGACUUGAUUGUUUGCCAGUAAGGGUUUCAAUAGGAGCAAGCAACUGGGAAAAUUUGCUGUCUAUGUGAGGAAAAAUUGCUACCUAUUUUCUUUGAAAUGAACAACAUUAGAGUGAAGGUCAAUCUUGCAUUAGCUGCCUAAUUCACAAAUUUUGCCAUCCACAUCAUAAUCUGUUGAAACCCCUGAGCCAGUGAUUGAAGAUUAAGCUUUUUAUAGAUAAGCUCCUUCCUCAGGCAAAUUCCACAUCUGAAAAAUGGAAAAUUUGAUAAACACUGCAGUUUCUAAUCAAUUAUUAUAUUCAGUUAUAAGACUUCUAGGAAGUGGGCAUUAGGACUAAAAUGAUUUAAUAAAGGAUACAGAAGUAAAUGAAAAAGUAAAUAUGUAAAUGUCUGCUGACAUUUCAUUGAGAGGGGUUAUAUUAGACAACUAGGAGCAAGUGUAAUUGUAAUCCUGAUUUACAGGAGGAUGACAAAGUUGUGGAACUUGUGCGGAAGUAUGGACCUAAACGGUGGUCACUUAUUGCUCAGCAUCUGAAAGGAAGGAUUGGAAAACAGUGUCGUGAAAGGUAAAACUAAAUAUGAGUUCAAUUAAUUGUCUUAUGUCUGAUUGACCAAACUGUGUAGUGCUAUAAGAAUUUUUAAGAGUCAGGACCUGAUUUUGUUAUAUUCCAGAUAUUUUACUGUAAUAUUUUUAGAAUUGUGUAACUGAGAGUACAGCUUUCAUAGCUAUCGCAACAUUCCUCUUUUAAAAAUGGAAGCUUAGAAAUAGGGUUUCGAUGAUUCUGAGCAAAACUUAGAAAUAAAGACAGAUAAACAGAAGUAAACCAGAUGAAUCAAUUUAUAUGCCAGUUUUUUUUCCUGUUUUAUUUUUGUGUAGGUGGCACAAUCAUCUCAACCCACAAAUCAAGAAAUGUGCUUGGACUGAAGAUGAAGACAGGAUUAUUUAUGAAGCUCACAUUUCUAUGGGCAACAAAUGGGCCGAGAUAGCAAAAUUGUUACCUGGGAGGUUUGUGUCCCCUUUUACCUCAAACUACAUCAGGAAUUGAGGCUAGGUGUGGUAAAGGCUGUGCUGAAGGUGAACUGCUACAGUCUCCUUAAUUACAGGGAGAUAACCAUUGAGACAGAGCUAUAGCCUUCAGGGACACAACACUAAUAACCCAUGGUGGGAAAUGAAUACUUGUUCCAGGAAAUGUUGGGAAGGGGAACAAACAUGGUAAAGUGGAAAACCAUAUUGGAGCCUAUCACAAGACAUUGCUGAAACCUUUGUAUUGACUGGAAUUUUACCUCGACUAAAUGCAAGGGAAUUUCACCAAAGCUGUGUGGGUUGGGGAGGAGGGGGGGGGGUUGCAUGGGGCAUUGUCACAUGCCUUUGCACAAAGGGGAAACUGAUUCCAUGUGGGUCAGGGGGUAUUGCACGAAAAUUUGGUUCUAUGAACUGAGUUGAUAGUGCUAAAGGGCCACCAUUAACCCUUUAACUCUCAGGUCAAAUUUGUAAUUCUCCUUACUGUCAACUAUACAAUUCUUAUAACAUUAGUUCAGAGAAUUUAGUAUUGGAUCAUCUAAUUAUCCCCAAAUUAAUAUAUUUCUUUGUUCUCAUCACUUAUCUGGUUGAUAUUGUAUUGAUAUUGUAAGGAGAAAUUCUGUCUUGGUCACUCAUUACUUUUGCUCAGUUUGCAGAGCUACAGUAAGAACAUUGUUGUUGAUGUUUGAUUGUUGCCUAAAUCUCUCCACAGGACUGACAACUCAAUUAAGAACCACUGGAACUCAACAAUGAGAAGAAAAGUGGAAAGUGCAGGAUAUGAUCACUAUAGAAAGAUCAGAUACCAUUUGGUAAGGAAACUUAGAGGAGCUUAUGUCCCUAAAGGAAGGUAGAUCAGUGCAUUGUGAAUUUAAGGUUGUUUUGGACUUCCUCCAUUAUAAUUCAGGGGUAAUCGUGCUAGUGUGAGUACCCCUUAUACUAUAUUUAAUUACUUGUCCCACCAGCAUAUGUGUGGUUCUCCAUUCAGCGCUGUGAAUAUUUUGACUACAGUCUGUACUAAUAUUAUGUGAGGCUAAAGCAAUUAAUGAAUUUUUUUCUACACUUUAGUCUGAAAAACGGUACAGCAAAGGACAUCUUCUUUCAGCAAAGAAAGGUAAAAUAUUAAACUGCAUCAUAACUGAUAUACAAUAAACUAAAUACUCUACCAUAUGCAGUACUGGUAUAUUUCUACUGUAGCUGUUACUAGUAACUCAUGAACCAACAAAUUUUUCUCUCUAAUUCCUGGUCAAUUUGCCAAAUCAAUGUGAUGUAAAAAUGCAUGCAUCUAAGCUUGGAUUUAUAGAUGAAGCAGAAUUUUCUCCUAGGGCUUUAUUCCUAAGGUUUUUAGUGUGCAGGAACUCCAUUCUUGCUUAAGAGAAAUAAAUGAACAAAUAAGGUAUUGCUGAGAAAUGUACAGGUAGUAAGGAGCAAGUUAGAGCACUUUUCAACCAAAAAAGGCAACUAAAUAAAAGUUAUCAUGAUGGUUAAUCAAAGCAAAGGAGAAAUCAAGAGUGUGUUCAUUAACUAUUAGCAAUUGAAUGAAAUUCUGGCUACAGUGCAAAAUUCUUGGGUGGUAAAUUGUGAUAGCUUUUCAAGGAAUGAGCUAAUUUUAUUUGAAGUGUGACGCUGUAUUUAGUUAAUUUUUAAUCCACUGCAUUUCCUAUUAAAAAACCUUAAUUUAAAGAGAAUUCUGAAUAAUAAGCAUAUAUGUAUGUAACCAUAUUUGAAAAAUUUGCUCCAAACACGACUGCUUUCAGUUUUGCCAUGAUUGUUGGGAAUGUUAAGAGUAAAAACUGCGGUUGCUAUUGUUAAUUUUUGCAGAAAAUCAGUCCUUAAAGAGGAAUCAAUGACAUACUUUUACUAGUUAUCAAAUUUGCACUCCAGUUGCAAUGAGGCAUAUGCUUGUGAAAGGUAUUGUAAUUUUUUUUCUCUUGCAGAUAAAAGGAGGAGAGAGGAGACAGUUGAUCCUUCAUCUAAUGAUGAUUUACCAUCAGUGGUUGAAUACAACAGCCAUCCAGGCACUAGAAACAGAAGUAGCUCAGACUUAACAAACAUUAAACCAAAACCAACAAGUCAAGAAACUCUUCAUUCUAUGAGCAGAAAGAACAACAAUAAUGGAACAAACCCAAGCCUGAUGUCGCCCUUUAGAAAUACAUUCAUAUUGUCUCCAGAGUCUUCAGAUGCUCUGCUAGAUUCGGAUCCCUCCUCUUGGGGUGAUAUCAGCUCAUUUGACAAGGACAGUUGUGUAGGCAAGAAUUUGGCAUUGUCAAAAUUGACUUCUCCUGGAACAAGAGGUAAGGCUAGAGUUCUGUCUCAGUUAUGUAAUGUGCCGUACUUUUGUCCACCUGCAAACAUGGAACCAGUGUGUAAAUACCUAAAAACAAACUUUUAGAAGUGGUUAUGAGGUACUUUGCAAUUAACAAUAAUCCCAUGUAAAGUCAGAUGAUCUCUCUAGACUUGUAAGCUGUCUUAGCCUCACUGUUUAGCCUGUGCAUUUACGAGGAAAACUUGGCUGGCAUCAGAAAGUAGUGAUUUGCCCUUAGAGGUGUUGCUCUUCAGCUUACUAAUAGCGUGAAGAGUGUCAAAUGGGGCACAGAUAAAGUCCUUUGAUUCAACUCAAGAAUGGGUCUAUUCUUUGCACUCACAGUUUGUUGUCAAAGGUACAAAUAAUUAUUUGAUGCUCUUUAGAGGGCUGUGCUAUAGAAAAACAACUAACUUGUUUUAGGUAACUUUAGCUUGACAAACAAGCAGCAUCAGGCAGCUAUAACCUGUGUCAAGAUAGGUUAACAUGUAACAUUUUAAUUAUAGCAAUAAGUAAUCACAUGAACAGUACAAUAUAGAGGGAAUAAACUAUUAGGCUAUUCCAGAAUAUUACAAGAACACAGGUUUAUUGAAAAUCUCUAUUCAAACCUUAUUACACCUUCAUUAUUUAUGAUGAUUCCUGGAAUUAAAGCAAAGGUUGAAAGCCACUUUAAGAUAACUUACCAAAGAGCACAGUGUUAGAUUUAUGGUAUGUAAAAGUUAGUUCUAUGUGUAUGUCACAUUAAUGUUAAGGAAAAAUUGCCUCCUCAGAAUACAGAUUUGAUGGGAAUUCUAUCGCCAGUCUUCAAACAGAUGGCGGGUGAGUUUUUGGAAUGAACUGCUUCCCUUUAAGAACAAGAACAUAUUCAGUGACCUGUGUGGAACAUUUUGACCCUCAAGAAUGUCUAGUGUCUAGUAUCACCCCUAAAUCACACCUAUAGGUCAUGAGAAUAAAGGAAAUGAUCACCAACUGAAAAAAGAUCUUGAUUGUUAAACAAGUUCUUGUCAGCACCUCAGGAAAUGUCUAGAGGACUUUAAGGAGAAUAUUUGUACCAAUGUUAGGGUGUAAAGAGUUAACAUUGAUUUGCAUCGUCCUAAACAUUGGCUGAUAAAUGUUUAUUUAGUAAGGAGAGAUGAAGGCAUGUCCACAACUUGCAAAGGUCUUCUGUUUUUAUUAAUUUUUCUUCCAUUUUCAGAUCUUUAAUACCUAUUACUUCACCUGUAAUGCAGAACAGGUUUAGCACACCUCCAACUAUUCUUAGACGAGGGCGUAAAAGAAAAGUAUCCUUCACAAAUUGAUUGACUCAAGUUUAAAAAAUUUAAUUUUUUUUCUACUGCAUUCUUUGUUUUUUAUCAAUUUGUUGUGUGAGGCAUAAUCCUUAACCCUAUACCUUCAGUCUGCUGACCAUGAUUUCAGUCACAGUGUCAAUACAGAAGUAUCUUUUAGCAGUCCUAAAGGGGCUACCCCCAUCAAGCUCUUGCCAUUCUCACCUUCGCAGUUCCUUAAUUCACCUGUAAAUUCAAGCAAAGUUCAGACGUCAACUCCAGCUUGUGAAAAAAUUCAAGUCAGUUUAACAAACACAACACUGCAUACUCCUGGUGUACUAGAAGCAAGCUCAGGGGAGGAUCCUUUCCGAACUCCACGCAUCAGAAGAACUUUGUUAUGCGUAUCUCCACGCACUCCAACACCAUUUAAAAAUGCCCUGAAAGUGUUCAAUGACACGAAAAUGGCACAUGUGAGUUGGAUAUUUGAAGAUAACAGGUUAUGUAACUUAUGAGGUUAUGUAACAGGUUAUGUAACUUAGUGCCCUUACAGCUUUCAUGGCACAGGUCAAGUGGUUGAUUAUUAUUAGAGCACUCUAUUCAAUCACUUUUCUUCAAUAUUCUCUAAAUAUUUUGGAAUGAACAAUAAAUGACAGUGACAACAGCCUUCUGAGUAAUAACCAUGGGUGACAACCCAUGUCAAGUUUGUUAAAAGACCCUGCUCUCCUCAAGAUGUUAUUUUUUUCAGGGGCCAGGGAAGUAGGAAAUUUUCAGACAAUUGUGACGUGGAUUGUAGCCACUAUUUUCCUACAUGUAUAUGACUUGGUUGAUGCUGUGAUGAAGGGACUUUUUAAUGAACACCUUUUAGUUGGUGUAAAUUUUUACCCCACCAGAUACAGGUAUCUUUGAGGUAGACUCAAGGGGCUUUAAUAAACUUGCAUUCUGUAUUAUGGAAAAAUGUUGCUCUGGAGUGACAGACAUAAAUCCAGCUUUUACAGCUGUAUCAUGUUUUGAAACUUACCAGUGGUAAAUUUUUUUUUCAGACACCAGACAAUUUUGAAGCAGAUUUCAAUGAAAUCAUGAAACGGGAGGAAGAAGAAAGUGGUGUUCACUUAUCCUGUAGUGGGGGAAAAACAUCCUCUAGAGUACGGACCUCCCUUGAGGAAAAGUAUGCCAAGAUGAGCAAAACAACAUCAGCAUCUACUGCCAAUGGAUCAGAAGAACAACCAAGUGUGAUGGAACAAGAACAAAGUUCUUCAAUUGUUGAGUGUGUUGUGGUAUGUGAUAUGAAAUACCUCUUUUUGUUAUAUUUCACUUGUAUCUAAAGGGUAAGACAUACUUAUGACUUCUCUGCAGACAAGUUAACCUCUUUAUUUUAGUAUACUUUUUCUACUGGUGGUUUUUGCUUGCCUCUGCACUUCAGGGAAAAUUAACAUGUGCCACAAGUGUUGAGAAAUGCUUUGUUUAUGUUGUCUUCAGGAGGAUUCCGGUGUUGUUCAGACAUCAAUUUUACCCUCACCUUCCAAGGAUUCAUCAUUUAUCAAACCUUCUGAGAUCUUUGGCCAGCAUAACCCCUUCGCCACACCUAGUUCUGUGACGUCUGAAACUGGAGUAAGUGGAAAAAACCUGGCUCAAACCACACAGGUUGAACAUUUCUUAUGCCCUAGUGCUGUGGAUUUUCAGGUGACUUUUGGCUCUCAAGUGUUUGCUUUAGACCUCAGCUUGUCACUAAGUAACACUUCCAAUGCCAUACAUUUUAAGACUUCAUAACUGUAACUGUGUUGCUGUUAUGCCUAAAUUUAGUUUGCAGAAUAAAUUUUGAUUAUUCUUGAACAAAGUAAGGUCAAAGUAGCAAAUUUUAGCACCAAUUUUUGUGUUCAAAAUGGAAUGGGGAAACAAAAUAAUCACUAAAAGCAAUUAAAAUCCCUUACUAAUCCUUUAUUAAUCUUGGCAGAUUAUGAUUUCACAGUUUCCCUUAAGGAAGUAAACACAGUCCCUCGAAUUCUUGCUUUGGGCCCAGUUGUUCAAAGGCUGAUUAUCACUAACCCAAGCUUAAAUUUUAAUCCAGGUUUUGUUAUUCCAUUGUUCAAAGCAGUCUUGGGAUAAUUUUUUUUCCAAUCAUCAAAUUAUAGACCAAACGAGUUGUACUGAAUUGUCCUUGAAAGCUUUCAGAACUGAAAUCUAAUUUCACACUCACCAGAGGUUAACUUAACCCAGCCUAAACAACCUGGCCCAGAUCCUUUACCUCAGAGAGCUUGGUGAUGAGCUUGGCUAUUAGUAGGUUUAUUGUUGACAUGCUUCUUACUAUUAAGAUCACCAAUUUUAAAAGCAUCAUGUAACUAAAUAGGUCUAGAAUAAUUUAUAGAUUUAGCCAAGCCUAAAAGCAGAGCUCGCAUUUUUUUUCCCGGCACUCUCAAUGGCACAAUGCCUUGCCCCAGCCAGGACUAGAACCUGGGUCGUCCGACUCAGCGCCCAGUGCACUGACCACUGGACUACUGAACAAAGCCAUGGUGUUGGUGUGCCUGCGGUACAGUGGACCACGCAUGUUAAAAGUAGCACGUCGUACGGUCGUACAACCAAAUUUUUUCGGCUUGAUGGGUUACUACUAUUUUGUAUAGUUAUGGGGCUACGCUCUGUUAGCUCCGCUAAAAUGAAAUAUUUAAAAUUAGAAGAUACAUUAUUUGUUUCUUCACCAUAGCAUUACAAAGGAGAAAAAUCUGUGUCCCCCUAAGAAUGUAAAUGUUUUCUAGUAGCAGAUGAAUAUUCUCAUGUGGCUAAUUUACUACAAUUGUAUUUCAGCGGCACAGAAGGAAAGGGCAUCCCAUGCGCAUACUGCAAUUUCAAGAGACACCACAGAAAUCAGCACCGAAGGUAUGGUUUGACUUCUGAACUCAGUUGUUCAAAGGGCAGAUAAUGCUCUCCACCAGGUAAAUCACUGUCCAUCUGAUAAGUGUUAACAAAAUGUACAGCACUAUCUGCCAGAUACAGAUUUAUCCACUGAACAACCAGAGCCUGGUUCCAACGUUUUACUGACUUUCUGAGCAGAGUUGUAAGAAGUAAAGCCCCUGCAAUUGAUGUCUUCAGUAGCUGUAAUUAGCUCCUACUUUCUUCUUAACAAACCUUAAUCUUUUCUGUCGGGUGUUUUAUUUUGGCAGCUUGACUCAGCAUGGGAGCAGGUAGCAUGCGGUAAAACUCCUGAUCAACAGCUGCUAACUCAACAAGCUCAUCAGUUUUUUGCUAAUUACCGGCCAGCGGCACGUACACUACACUUCAAUACAACUACAGUGGCCUAAACUUGACAGUCUGGUGUGUGUCACUAAUUUGUUUUCCUCCUGUGUGAACCCAAGGGUAUCAUCAGUGAAUUAAUCUUUGAUAUUCAAAUCUAGAUAAUUUAAUAUUUUAAGGAAAAACAGAGUAAAUAACUAACCAUAUAAAGAAAAUUGUAGAAACAGAAAAACAGGUCAAACCAAAACAAUUAAUUUAAAAGCACAGACCUAUAUAGCUAGAUGUAAGGAAAAAAGUUUUCACUUUUGCCACCCAUAUGUGGUUACCAGUCUUUGAUGCAAACUUCUUGAAAGAGAGAUGUAGAGUUCUGGAUUUUUUUUUCUUGUGAGCACUAUGGUGAAAGUUGAAUCUAGAGAGGUGGGAAGAAAAUGUCCACUUCUUUUUUUAAAGUUGAUUUUUGAUGGAGUUCCUGCACCUCUGAAAUUGCUUGCAGUGAAGGCACUCUAACAAAAAUUAUGAUGGAUUAUGGUUACUUCAUUGUGAAAAUUUUGUGGUAGGUGGAACUUUUUGAAGGAGAAAGAUACAACAUUUUCUCUGAAGCAAAAAUGUGUGGCCAAUAAUGUAACAAGAGGUAUACAAACUGUCCACUUACAACAAGACAUUGUUUAGUUUUUGUUUCAGAGUGAUACUGUGCGACAAAAUUUUUGAUAGCUUUGAAUCUAUUACUUACUGUAGAAUACACGUGAAUUAGAGGCUUCCGUAAAAUCUGGUGUCAUUUUACAUACUAUGUAUACUAAAAUGAAGCCACUGAUCAGGUGAUAAUCUGAUGGAUUCUUUGCAGUGUUGUCUGAAAUUGAACUUUUAACUGUUCAAACACUUAAUAUUAGAUCCAAAGUAGAAAUAUUUUAUGUGGUGUCUUGCAAAAGUUUAUUUAGCCUGUUCAAGCUGAGAUGUAACAGCGGGGUACAUAUACAGUAUAUACUCAUUCAUGCAGACUUGGGAAGAUCUGAUCAACUGAAGAUUGUCAUUUCUGAGUUGAAUUGGCAGGACAUACGAUUUGUGACUUGCAUAUCUCUUGUACCAUGCACUGGGACAUAUUUUUACCUUUGAUACAUGUUAAAUCUCUGUCAAUAUUUGGGAGAAAAGUUUGUUCCUGUACUAACUUUAGAUGGAGUCAUACUACUAAGCACUUGUCGUAGGUUGAAUAGUUCCUUAUUGGGUAUGACAAAUUCAGAUUUUUGUUCUUCAUAAGAAAUUGCAAUCUUGCCUUACUCUGUGUGAGGGUUUGGAAAUUUUAUCUGAUAUAAUGGAACUAGGAAGUUUUUCAUGGUUGUGACAGAUCUAGCUCUCGGGUAAGAGAAAGCAAUCCAAAAACUGCAGAUCAGCUUUGUAUUUCUUGGUACACUCAGUUUUGGACUCUGCAAUCUUUUUCAUGUCUAUUCAGGAGAGAUUUUCCACCGUUAGUUCUUUGUGAUUCCUGUGAUCCUUAGAAUAUUUCUGCAGAUAAGUUUUAUAUAGUAUCACCGCAUAAAUUCAAAAUAAUCUCCAUGCAUUUCUAGUACAGUACAUUCAGGAAGGAGAAUAGAUUCGUCCAAAUAUCUACUUAUUCAAGUUCACUCGUUUUAUUCACAUUCUGACUAGAAACUUCCGUCUCCUUCGCAGCCGAUCUAGGGUGUGUCACGGAACGCCUAUUUUUCUGUGACGAACGUGGCGUGACAUCUCCAUGAACAGAUGAGAAGGA